CUCGUUGGCCCCCGCGCCCACACCGCCAUCGCCGCGUCUUCCCCUCGCACCAUAAUAGGCUGCACGGGCGCGCGCGGCCUGCUCGGCGAGGCGAGCGCCUAACGACGUAGAGCCGUAUCUGGCAUCCUGCGCGCGGUCAGGUGGGACAAGAAAACCAGGAAGCGCGGUCAGGUGCGGGUAUGUCGAGGCCGAACAGGAGCGACGCGCAUCUCUCCCCCGAGGACGAGGCGGCGCGGGAGGCCGAGGUGCGGGAGUACUUCGACGACGCGGCGCCCAAGCGCCACACCAAGCCCUCCCGCAGCGAGCACUCCGACGUGUACGCCGACGCGCUCGUCCCGGACAACGCCCACCCCGAGCUCGACAGGCUCCAAGAACUCGAAGCCCGCAUCGAGAGGUUGCUGUGCGAGGGCGGCAAGGUGGGGGAGGAGUUCGUGGAGACGGAGUACUACAAGGAUCUCGGCUGCGUCGGCGACCAGCACCACACGACCGGAACAGGCUUCAUCAAGAUGGACAAACCCCACGGCGCCUCGUUCGAACUCUCUGAAGGCGUCGAUGCAGGGGAGCGCCAUGCUUCUUGCAAGGGGAAUCCUGCUACCAAUGAGUGGAUCCCAUCAGCUGAUACGGUGUCUCCGGCGUCAGACAAGCCUAACAGGAGCGACAGCUGAGCAAUAUUCUCCGUCCUUCAGACAUCUGCUUCCACCGGCAAAUAAAAAAUCACACUGGUUGUUCACGGAUUAAGGGCGCAAUCCACAUGCAUCCAUCAUAUUACGCGUCGAGAUUCUUGUAAUACUGUACUUCAAAACUCACGCUUCGCGUCGCGAAUAUUGUUUUGUCCAUCAUAUUAUGCAUCUGUCGAGUGCAGGAAAUAAAGCAAUAGAUCUAUCA